GGCGGUGGGUGGGCAUUAAUGGACAUGAUUGGUGGCUUCACUACCGACAGUCUAACUCUUUCUUCUCGCUGCCGAGCACUCCUUCAAAAGCAGGUACCGGAAUAAAUUCAAGCAGCUUAUCUAGAAGUAUCAAUUUGAAGAAUUCCCAAAUCAACACCAUUCACAAGAAUUCAGCAAUGGCUUCUGAACCAGUCAACCAACUUCACAUCCUCCUUAUUCCCUAUCUAGCUCCCGGCCACACCAUCCCCAUGAUCGACAUGGCCAAAUUGUUCGCACAGCGACCGAAUGUUAUGGUCACCAUCGUCACCACACCUCUAAACGCCAUUCGAUACGGUUCCACUCUCCAACAACACAUCAAGUCCGGACUCCCGGUGCGUUUUCUUGAACUCCCGUUUCCCGCCACCGAAAAUGGACUACCGGAAGGAUGCGAAAGUUUAGAUGCUUUACCUGGUUUACAUUUAGUUACAAACUUUACAGCUGCAGUUGAUAUGUUACAACAAAGACUCGAACAAUGUUUUGAUUCGCUAAAUCCUCGACCAAGUUGUAUGUUAUCUGAUAAGUAUUUGCUCUGGACGGGUGAUACGGCGGCUAAGUGUAAGAUUCCUUUGGUCAUAUUUGACGGAAUGAGUUGUUUCAAACAGUUGUGUACUCAUCAUCUUUAUGCGUCCAAGGUGUUCAAUGAUUUGCCUGAGUCGGAGCCUUUUGUUCUCCCUGGGCUGCCUGACCGGAUUGAGAUAACUCGAGCUCAGCUGCCAACUGAGUUCAAUCCUAGUCGUUUUACAAUGCCUGAACGGCUUGAACGAGUGAGAGAAUCCGAGUCGAGAGCUUAUGGGAUGGUGAUCAACAGUUUUGAGGAGUUGGAGCAAGACUAUGUUAACGAAUUUAAGAAGUUAAAAAGGGGUAAGGUUUGGUGUAUAGGACCGUUAUCACUGUCGAAGAGUAACGAUUCGGGUAAAUCCUUAAUGGGUAACAGUACCUCUAGUGAUGAUCAACUCUACUUGAAAUGGCUCGAUUCCAAGGAACCUGGAUCAGUGGUCUACGCCUGCUUCGGUAGCAUUAGUCAGAUCACCCCUCCUCAACUCAUCGAGCUCGGAUUAGCCCUGGAAGCAUCUAAAUCCCCAUUCAUAUGGGUGAUUAGAGCUGGAGACAAAGCUCAAGAGGUUGAGAAAUGGUUAUCAGAAAACGGGUUUGAAAACAGAAUAAAAGAUAGAGGGCUCAUAAUCAGAGAUUGGGCACCGCAACUCCUAAUCUUAUCGCACCCUUCGGUUGGAGGGUUCUUGACACACUGCGGUUGGAAUUCAGUCUUGGAAGGGGUUUCUGCUGGUGUCCCUAUGAUCACAUGGCCUCAGUUUACCGACCAGUUCUUGAACGAGAAGUUAGUUGUUCACGUGUUAGGAAUUGGUGUGGGUGUUGGUGCUCCCGGUGUGGUACAUUGGGGCGAGGAAGAUAGAUUAGGGGUCACCGUGAAGAGCGAGCAGGUCAAAACAGCUAUAGAAAAAGUAAUGGACCCGGGAUCGGAAGGAAAUGAGAGAAGAAAGAAAGCGAAAGCACUCGGGAUGGUAGCGAAGAAAGCAAUCGAAGAAGGAGGGUCUUCUCACCAUAACUUGACUUUGUUAAUACAAGAUCUACUUGAACUUGCAAAUGUUAGAAGCCAAAAGUCAAUCAUUUGAAGCUAAUACUUCCAAAUUUUGGUUAAGAACAGGCACCAAGUAUCAGUCUUAUUCGAGUAUCUGCCGUACAGUAUACAAGUCAUGUUUAUAUCAUAAGGCAGUCGUAUGUGUUUGAUUAUAGCCAAAUUUAGCAACUAAAUAAACAUUAGUCUUAUGAAAA